AUGAAAAAAUCUCUGAAUCCACCAACUGGUUGCCUAGAAUACUUGGGAUUAAUGUGGGAUACUCAGAACAACAAAACAUUUUUACCUGACAGAAAGAUCGCGUUUUUAAAGAAGGAUCUAGAGCAAAUAACAAGGUCGGGAACCUGGAGUUGGGUCAGCGGAAAAAGACUUGUCGGAAAGUUAGCUUUUGCAUCUUUCACAGUUCCUCUAGGAAGACUACAUUCGAGACAUCUGCAACGUGCAGCAAGAAACUUACCCCAACAUCAAAAGAACCACAAAUAUCUUACCCCGCCGAAAGCACUCCAGGAAUGCGUUUGGUGGUUGGAAAACCUUCAGAAAGAUCGACAAAUCUUCGCCAGCGUCGAAACGAUAUUUGUGACAACAGAUGCUUCAGAUACGGGUUGGGGUGCCCAGGUCAACAAAAGACUCCUCAACGGACUUUGGAAGACCAAUCAAACUCUGUGGCAUAUAAAUCGCAAGGAGCUAUACGCAAUUUAUCAAGCAGUACUUUUGACGCUAACUCAAUUAAGGGGGAAACGCGUAGUAAUUCAAUCGGACAACAAAACAGCGGUUUCCUACAUACGGAAUCAAGGUGGAACCAAAUCCGUUCUACUGACAGAACUAGUGUCAAAGAUUCUGGAACUCGCCUACGAGAACGAAAUCGAAAUUUUUGCUUACUACAUACCGGGAGUCUUCAACGAGAUGGCAGACAGCCUUUCUCGUCAGAAGCACCUGGCGGAUUGGCAUCUCUCGAACAAAGUGACGGACCUACUAUUCAAGAAAUGGGGAACUCCUCAGGUCGACCUCUUUGCCACUGCCUUCUCGAAAGUUGUACCGAUUUAUGUAUCUCGAGACACAACAGACAAAUGUGCUCUUUUUAUAGAUGCUUUCAGCAGAAUCUGGGACUUCGAUCUAGCUUGGAUUUUCCCACCACCAGGACUGAUGCCUCGUGUGCUGGCACACUUGAACAAAGCAAGGGGUACUUACAUCCUAGUUGCGCCAAGAUGGGAACGAGUUUUUUGGAGGGCGGAUCUGAGACGAAGAGCACUGGACCGUCCGAUUUGCAUUCGAAAUUUACAGCAUCAUCUAUCGGACGCGACACAGAACGUACCUCUCCCGGACGCGCGAAAUCUACGCUUGGAGGCCUGGUUGAUACGGGGUGGUCAGAAAUCACAUCUUCAUGGGCCCAAGAAGACGUUGAAUUACUCAAAGGAUCUUGGAGAAAGUCUUCUUUAA